AUGGCGGACAUUGGUGGCUCUAUUUCCUCUGGAAAAAGAAGUUUUGCGAGCGAAAAAGAGUCGGAGAAGGGGAGGAAGAGGAGUAUGUGUUGGACUGGGCUGGGCUUCCUGCUUAGAAAGCCCAUCAAUGUUCGAUUCGGAUUCUUCCCUAAACAAAAUUCUACUGAUGUAGAUGAUCCUGAGCAAUCGCAAAGCUCUAAUGUAAUUAGUACGUCACUUAGAGAAAUUGAUGGCCGAUCCAUGUUGGGAUUUUCUCUAUCGUCACCAGACCUUGUUAUAAGCACCGGAUCACCCGAUAUUCCAUCAAAAGCCUAUGGAGAUUCCCCUGAAUUCUUGGGGAAACAUAGGUGUUCAUUUGAGCUUUCUUUAGAGAAUGGCAUUGAUGGAUCUGAUGGUAGUAAAGCUAAGGUCAAAACUCCCACUGUAAAGUUCUCCACAGUGUGCCAAACAUUCCACAAAGAACUGUCCCCCGAAUCUUCCUUCGAGCUACUUCCAUUACCAGAAACUGCAGACAAUAAGCAUGAAAACCUUCCUGUUAUAAGAAUCAAUGCAGGGUGCUUAACCGGAACAGCCAAAUUCGAGGGUGUAAUUUAUUCGAACGAUAAUUGUUAUGAGGGUGGUGAUGUUAUAAUUAUUGGAGAUGGAGUGGGAAAGUCAUUAUAUGACACAGCUCGAAUCGGCGACUUCUCAUACAACUUUUCAACACUAAAGUCUGGCUUUUAUGCUAUCAAUCUGCAUUUUGCAGAAAUAGUUUUCACUAGCGGUCCCUCGGGAAUUAGAGUGUUUGAUGUAUUUAUACAAGAAGAGAGGGUUGUGACUAGCCUAGACAUAUAUGGCAAGGUUGGUGCAAAUAAGCCUCUGGUUAUAUCUAACAUUAGAACUUUUGUUGAUAGUGGAGGAGGCUUGCUCAUUAGAUUUGAAGGAUUAAUUGGGAGUCCAAUUGUAUGUGGCAUCACUAUAAGGAAAGAUUCCCCUGAAAGUUUUAAAGAAGCUGGAUCAGAGGAAAUCAUGGGAAUGGCUGAAGUGGGAGCUCAUGAAUCACCAAGAGAUAUUACUGACGAUGAGGUAGAAGUAAAGUAUCAAAGCCUGCAAAGAGAUUAUGAGUGCCAAAAGAAGGAAUUAGCAGAGAUGAGGAGUGCCUUGGAAGGGCUUAAGAGGGAGAACCAGCUCAAAACUAAAGAGUGUCAAGAGGCUUGCAAAUCCUUACAGGAACUUCAAAAUGAGCUUAUGCGUAAAUCAAUGCAUGUUGGUUCAUUGGCUUUUGCAAUUGAAGGACAAGUGAAAGAGAAGAGCAGAUGGUUCUCAUCAUUGAGGGACAUGACAAGAAAAUUGAAGAUAAUGAAAAUGGAACAUAUCAAACUAUCAGAGGAGGUAUCACUUUAUAAGAGUUGCAUCAUGGAUAUCGAUGAUAUUGGCACUAAAAUUCUGUCGAGAAUAAACCAGCAAGAAGAUUUGCAUGAAGAUCUCAAGACUAAAUUUGUCAAAGGGGCCAAAGAAAGGAAAGAACUGUACAACAAAGUUCUAGAAUUGAAAGGUAACAUACGAGUCUUUUGUCGGUGUAGGCCUCUAAAUUCUGAAGAAAUAGCAGCAAGAGCUUCAAUGGCUAUUGACUUUGAAUCUGCAAAAGAUGGUGAACUCAGUGUGAUAUCAAAUGGUGCUCCCAAGAAAACCUUUAAGUUUGAUGCUGUUUUUGGCCCUCAAGCUGAGCAAUCCGAUGUUUUUCAAGACACAGCCCCAUUUGCUACCUCAGUUCUAGAUGGCUUCAAUGUCUGCAUUUUCGCUUAUGGGCAGACAGGGACUGGGAAAACUUUUACAAUGGAAGGUAAAAAAGAAGCUCGUGGAGUUAAUUUUAGGACUCUUGAGGAAUUGUUUCACAUAAUCAAUGAGCGAAAGAAGUUCUGUCAAUAUGAGAUAUCUGUCAGUGCAUUAGAAGUCUACAAUGAACAGAUUAGAGAUUUACUGGUGCCAGGCUCUCAGCAAGGCGUGAUGACAAAAAGACUUGAAGUAAGGCAAGUGAGUGAAGGAGUGCACCAUGUACCGGGUCUAGUUGAAGCACAUGUAACCAACAUGAAUGAGGUGUGGGAGGUUUUACAAACCGGCAGUAAUGCAAGGGCUGUUGGCUCAACCAAUGCCAACGAGCAUAGCAGCAGAUCCCACUGCCUACAUUGUGUGAUGGUUAAGGGAGAGAAUUUGUUGAAUGGGGAAUGCACAAAAAGCAAGCUAUGGUUGGUGGACCUAGCAGGAAGCGAACGAGUAGCAAAAAGCGAUGUUCUUGGUGAAAGACUUAAGGAAACUCAAAAUAUCAACAGAUCUUUGUCUGCACUUGGUGAUGUCAUAUCUGCUCUUGCUACUAAAAGUCCCCAUAUUCCUUUCAGGAACUCCAAGCUUACACAUUUGCUUCAAGACUCUUUAGGAGGGGAUUCAAAGACGCUCAUGUUUGUACAAAUCAGUCCCAAUGAGAAUGACCUCGGUGAGACACUAUGUUCUCUGAACUUUGCGAGUAGAGUUAGAGGGAUAGAGUUGGGUCCGGUGAAGAAGCAAAUGGACACCUCGGAACUUCUGAGAUGGAAACCGAUGGUUGAGAAAUCAAAGCAAGACAUGAAGAUCAAAGAUAUGCAAAUCAGGAAGAUGGAGGACGCAGUUCAUGGAUUAGACUUGAAAAUGAAGGAUAAAGACCUAAAAAACAAGAACUUGCAGGAGAAGGUGAAAGAACUGGAGUCACAGCUACUCAUUGAGAGGAAGCUAGCACGCCAGCAUGUCGAUACAAGGAUCGCUGAGCAGCAGCAACAGCAACAAAUGAAACAGCAGAAUGAUGAGAACAAUAGUAAUAAUUUGGCGAUGAGACCACCAUUAGCAACUCGGCUUUUGGGGGCUAACAAGAAUUCAAAUGAAGUGAAAAUUGGUACAUUGAUGAAAGUGCAAGUAACCGAUGGUUCCAUCAAGCACAUUGAUCCAGUCGAAAAAGAAAACAAUCCCCAGGUUGCUGAACAACUGCGACUACCGACCAGAACCGGAAGAGCCUCGAUGUGCCCUACAAUACGUAGACUGCCACUAUCCUCAGCUCCGAGGCGCAACUCUUUAAUACCAUUGCCAAGUAUGCCUUGCUCAGCUCAGCUUGCACAGCCAGUUCUUCCAUUUCCAUCCCAACCGGAUAUAAAAGAAGAGGCAGAUGAGUUUAUACAGGAACAAAUCAUAUGCAACAGCCCUAAACCAAUGAAAAGUGGGAGUAAGAAGCUGAGCAGCAUAUUGAGACGAAGCCUUCAAAAGAAAGUUCAACUUAAGUCACCAAUGCAGCAACAUUUGAGAAGAGGUCUAAAUGUGGGGAUGGAGAGGGUUCGAGUUUCGAUAGGGAGUCGGGGGAGAACGGCCGGUAGAGUAUUGGUUGGCAAUGGUAGAAAAGGAGGAACCAAGGAAACUCAGCAGAAACAGAGCCAGAAGGAAAAGGAGAGUGCAUGGAAUAUUGGAACAGUUGGGAGGACUGCAAUCUAAUGGGCUUUAAGUUCAUAUUCCAAUGUACAGUUGAAUAUGUAUUCCUUUUGUUGCCUUGCAUAGGCAACAGCUAAGAAAACACAAAAAACUGAAGUAUGUAGAACUUGCCUAGAUGAUGCUGAUCAUCUGUGUUGGAUUUUGUGAUUGCCAAUCUUAAAUGGAUUGUUUUGAAUUAUACGUGAUUUCUA